AUGCCUCAACAGCAAGCACCUUCAGCAGCAGAUCUGCCGCCACCAGUUGAGAAUGUGCAGCAAAUCCCCACUAUAUCUGUUGAUGGCAUUCAACCUAGCACUCGGCAAAGAGCAUUCUCCUUUUCAAAUUUAGUCAAACGUACCCGAAGAGCUUAUUCUGUAUCCUCAGCUUACCCCGUGAAAGCUCAUCCCGCUCUCGCUUUACCACCAAACUAUCAAAAGGACCUGAGCCCUGAUGAUUUCAGGGACAAAAUCAAGGUGCCUUCAUUGACACCUGCACAGCGCCGAAAUUCGAUCGCUGCAGCACACCGUAAAUACGAAGAUUUCGAGCAGAAAAUCGAGGCAGCUCCAUUAUUUGUCUUGGUCUCGACCUACCUCAAUUAUUUUGUGCUGAUCUUGUUUGGGCAUGUCCGCGAUAUUAUGGGAAAGAUGUUCAAGAGAAAGGAGUAUGCUCAUCUGCGUACAAACGAGGGUUAUGCGCCUCUAGUGUCUGAUUUCGACUCUUUUUACACACGACGCAUGUAUAUACGUAUCAGAGAUUGUUGGAACAGACCUACCACUGCAGUUCCUGGCAGAAAGAUCACUAUUUUGGAACGGGAGUCAAAGGAUUUCAACAUGACAUUCAGAUUGACAGGAAGAAAGCUGGAGGCCACCAAUUUCUCAUCUUACAACUAUCUGGGAUUUGCUCAGAAUGAAGGCUAUUGUGCUGAUCAGGUAGAGGAGUGUGUUAGAGAAUAUGGUACUAGCAGUGCCAGUACGAGAUUAGAAGCUGGUACCUUGGAUAUUCAUCGCAACCUGGAAAGAAAAGUAGCCAAAUUCGUCGGCAAGGAAGAUUCGAUCAUUGUGUCUAUGGGAUUUGCCACUAAUUCCACCACUAUUCCAGCACUUGUUAGCAAGGGUUGCUUGGUGAUUAGUGAUGAAUUGAACCACAGUUCCAUUAUUUUUGGUGUCCGUCUCUCUGGUGCUUCAGUGCGCGUGUUCAAGCAUAACAACAUGAUUGAUCUAAAGAACUUGUUGCGUGAAGUGAUAUCUCAAGGCCAGCCUAGAACACAUCGUCCUUGGAAGAAAAUUGUGGUUAUAGUGGAAGGUUUGUAUUCGAUGGAAGGUUCUAUUGUCAAUCUACCAGAGUUGAUCAAAUUGAAGCGGGAUUACAAGUUUUACCUCUAUGUGGAUGAAGCUCAUUCCAUCGGUGCACUGGGUGAAAAUGGUGGCGGCGUGUGUGAUUUCUAUGGUAUCAGCCCUAAACAUGUCGAUAUUAUGAUGGGCACAUUCACAAAGUCAUUUGGCGCUGCAGGCGGAUACAUUGCUGGCGAUAAGGCUGUCAUUGACCAUCUAAGGAUGAAAAACCAUGCAUUCUCAUACGCAGAAACAAUGUCCCCGCCAGUCAUUGCUCAAGUGAGCUCGAGUAUGAGUGUCAUCAAUGGUGAAGAUGGCACAGACGAUGGCGUGAAGCGCAUCAAGCAGCUGGCCGAUAAUGCUCGUUAUUUCUCCAGAGCACUAAGAAAGUUGGGAUUCAUUGUGUAUGGCGAUGAAGGAAGCCCGGUCAUUCCAUUACUGCUGUUCAAUCCUGCUAAGAUUUCUGCUUUCUCUCGGGAAAUGUUGAAGCGAAACAUUGCUGUCGUUGUUGUUGGCUAUCCUGCCACACCUAUCAUCAGUUCAAGAGCCCGUUUCUGUCUAUCAUCUGCUCAUACAAGAGAAGACCUGGAUAAAGCUAUCCAGGACAUCAACGAAGUCGGUGAAUUAUUAAUGAUUAAAUUCAAAUCUGUACAGAACAAAGAGCAAAAGCAAAUUGAAAACUAA